AUGAAUUCGUCGCACACCAUUAUCUUUUAUUUUGAUGGCAAAUUUAACGACCGUUGCACCAUUUUAAUUAAGCCUAGCCAAUUUUUAUUUCACUUUAAUUUUAAUUUUCACAUCCUCUGUAACAUGAAUAGAUUAAAAAUAUUGUUUUUGAUAGGUGCUUGCUUUCUACAAUGUAAAGGGAGAGAACCAUUCAAGCCUGCCCACGGAUCUCUUCCCUUUUUAGUUUAUUUUCCAUCACGCUACCGAGGCCUGUGUGUUGGCACCCUGGUGUCCAGAGUGACUGUGUUAACAGCCGCUGUAUGUGUGACCAGCCCGGUCGCUGAUGUCAAGGAUACCAGGCCCAUCAAUGUCGUCACCGGAGCUACGUACAGGCAUCCACGCCGUGGCAUUCGAGUUCAGGUCACUAAGAUACUCAUACCAAACCUUUCAAAACUCGCUUCAAAUAACAGGGGUUAUUUGAUGUCAAAAUCGGUAGCAUUGCUGCUUCUUAAGCGAAAAGUUCCUGACGUGCUAACGGAAAUACCAUUGAGACCCCUUGACAUAGAUUAUAAGGGCGAAGAGGUGUUGAGUCUGCAGGAAGAAUGUCUCAUGCCCGGUUGGCAUUUCUUCUAUAAGGGGGAUAAAAUCUACCCUGUCCACAAAUUUCUUCUGCAAAGAAACGUGCGGGUUCAAUUCCUGAACAUAGUGAAGAAGACCUUAUGGUGUGAAGCAUUGACCAUAAAAUUCCAGAAAGCUCUGAGUAACUUGGGAUUCCUGGGUAUGUUCGACAAAGGCGCCUGUAUCUGCGUAAGAGAUCCUGACCGAUUAGCGCAGCCGUGUCAUGGAAUGUACGGCGCACCUCUUGUCUGUCGGGGUAGAGGGGUGGGCAUGAUGAUGGCUCCAGAUGCCCAGUGGACCAACUGUACAGGGUUCAGUAACGUCAUCCACCUCUUCUCAAGUAAUUACCUCAAGGAAUUUAUGGAUUGCGUUAGCAGUCUAUUUGUGAUGGAAGAUAAGCCGAACUGGUCCACAAUGAAAAAGCAAUUGUACGAAGACUUCAAAGAAAACACAUACGAUUACGUCCCGGAGAUAUACGACAGAAUCACCAGCGGCAGCGCAUCUACAGACGAGCUCUAA